AUGUUGUCCGAUAUUAGCCCAACAUUUGUCAAUGUUCUGCAAUACACGCGAGAGCAUGGGAAUGCCGAAUGUUCUGAUGCCAAAGAUAAAAGAGGUAUACUAGAACGAAAUGGACUUGCGUGGUAUGCUCGAGGUUCCGUACUGGAAGUGUUCAACAUCAAUUCCAGCUUUAAGGUUAUUUCACACAAUUUCAAUGCUUCUACAAGCAAAUUGAAAUAUUGUACAAUCGAAUGUGUCGAGGAAGUGCAGGCACUAGAAUGCGCUAUACUGGCCGUGGCACUGCGGGUGGGACCCGAACAGUCUCAGAUAGUUUUUCUAUCCUUGCGCGGCUGCUGCGAACUGGGACGCAUUGAUAUGCAACAAAAUAUCAACAUUCUGCGAUUUGUUGACCCCAGCUCAUGUUCGAUAGGGCUGCUAAGUAAAUAUCAGGGCUGUUUGGCUUGCGGAACGAUAGAUGGAACCGUUAUACUAAUAGAUUUGUGUGUUAAGCUAUCAAAUAAUGGAUUUAAAAUGGAAAUUUGUAUGAAUGGCAAUGGAAAAAAGCAGUGCCACGUAGAGUUUUCGAGAGGAAAUUUGAAGCAACUGGAAAAACACCAUGAAACGAUCAAAGAUCGUGGUAUAUACUUUGGAUUGCAGCUCAGUCAUGACGAGCAGGCCUCAGUUGAGUGUAUUCUGGAUAUAGUACAGUUGAAGGUUAUCUGCAUUGGAUUCGCGGACGGUACCAUUCUGUUAUGGGAUUUAGUCCAUCAUUCCAUUAUGCAUCGAAUUGCUGCUCCCACGGAGAACUGCGCCGCAGUGGCUCUUAACUAUGUCGAACCGAGCGAUGAUCCCAAGGCUUGCUUGUACCUUUGGACAUUUUAUGCACAUCCGGAGGGUGCUUUCGCUUUUCUGCAUAUGGUAAUGUGUGAGGAAAAAUAUCUCCAACAAGGUACGUUUGUGUACGAUCAGUUUUUGUCUUGCUCAUCGCGGCUCUGUCUGACCAGCUACGACCCAGGAAGCAUUCCUCUGAAUGUGCAAGCAGUAACGAAAAAAGUGUCCCAGGAAGACGAGCCGAUUACGUUGAGUGUGUUGAGUUGGUUGGGAUCCAACGACACUACGACGGUGCUUGUAUUCGACUUGAAUCAGUGGUACAAGGCAGAGAUGCCGUUUGAUUGUGAUUGGCAACAGGAACUCACUCAUAUGGUAGCAUUCCAACUGAAUGAAGAGAGUUUUCAUGCUAGAAUCAACGAACAAUCGCUGGUGCUCUUUCGUUCAAUACAACGCCCAGAGGAACAUUUCUACCCGAGCUCUCUGGCUUUCGAUAUCUUGAAUUUUAAAGGCUUCAAUCGAUCGAUGCACCGAUGGAGUGGAUUGCAAAAUAAGCUGCUAGAGUAUCUCGAGAUGGACGGUUCCAAUAGCGUCAUCGAACCAGCCGGACUGUACGAGAUGCUUUGCCGAGCGGCAUUGUUUCCCCAGUUUCAUGAACCGAUCUCCCCGUCCGACGGUGUUGCGAAAGAGCAACGUGAAUUUAUUCUUUCCUUAGGUCUCGAAUAUAACUGCCAAAUGUUUCUGCAAAGUUGUGUUCAACAGUGGGCCGAUGGUAGUCAUUUGGGAGCGGAUCCCGAGCAGGGCGUAUCACUUUCGACUCUGACAGACUGGAUUUGGAACCGAUCGAAAACAUUGAAAACGGUUUGCAACCGUAUGCUAGCAUCGGUUUUGACGGAUGUAGCGGGUCGUCAGGUUGACACCCGAACACAGGAUGCUCUUUCGCAUUGCACGCGUCAGAUGAAACAGUUGUCCGAAUUAUAUCAGACAAUUUUAAACGACUGUCAGGAAUAUAUUCCACCGAAUGUUCAGGAACGACUCUCAAAAGAAUCAGAUUCGAUUUCGGCAGCUGCGGAAUACCAAACUGUUCUCCAGUGGAUGCUACACAUCGGUAUUCUCCCGGAAGGAAACGAGAGUGGGAAUGAAAAUGAAUGUGAUUCUCCUUUGCUUGUUCCGUUCGCAUACUCUCGGUUGUCAGAAUUUUAUUGCGCAAGGCGACGCAUGUUGCAAGAUGAUGCAAGAGAAACUUUGUCCGAUGUCCCAAUUAUGGAUAGGCUGCUUUUCGUAGACAAUCUUGUUGAACGUGACUUCGAUGCAGAAACUCUCCGAAAGGCUUGGCACGAAGAUAGCACCCUUCCUAGCCACCCGCUAUAUCCACCGCAAUCGCUGCAAAAAGCGUUGCGUAUUUUGCUCAUUCCAAACACCUCUCUCGAACGCAAGCAGAUGAUCCUUAUGUAUCUCCUUAUGGAUGUCGUUUCCGCGAUGGAGGAAGAAAGGUAUCAACAUAUUGUGUGUAAAGUUGAGAAUUUCUCUCGUGUAUUUAAUUUAAAAAUUGGUAUGAUACGACGUGUGCAAGCUUUUUGGCAUCUGGAUCAUGGAAAUUUGGCGGAUACGGUUGAAUGUUUCCUUUCACCGCUGUCCAGCGCUAUGGAAUACCCGCAAUGGCACCGAGAGCUCAUGGUGUCGGUUCUUUUGCGUUUGGAUUCCCCUCAUCUCGCUCUGAAAAUUGUACAAGCUCCAGGUAGUCCAGUUACGCCGCAACUCGAAUUGGAAACUCUCAUACGCAACAAUCUUAUUUCGGAGGCAUUCAGUCUACAGCGGCGCACUCCACAACCGGAUGGUUGCCAACUGGUCUGGUUCGUCAAAGCCAUCAUUAGGGCGGGAAAACCAAACACUUUGCUGGAGUUUGCACUCACCGAAGAAGAGAAGCAUGUGCUGCACCGUCAUUUGCAAGACAGUCAAUUGGAGCUGAGUGACAGUUUAAUGUUGGGCCAUCUGUUGCAGAACUUUCAGUUUGUUCAAGCCGUUCAGCUGGUAGAUAGGUUAGGCAGGAGACGGAAUGUUGAGGUGCACAAAGAAAUUCUCGGAUUGUACCACAGUGCACUUGACUCCACCAGCCAACAGUUGGCCUACCUAACGUACCACAACCAGGGUGAACUGAGUCCUAAGGGCAGGUGUAACUCUGAGGAGCACAGCCCGACCUCGGUUUCUCCCUUGGAACCACUCAGCGCGAGUUUAAUACGCAAUAGAGCUGAUUUUCGAGUGCGUAUAUUGCACCGUUCGAUCGCAGCUAUCAAGGAGGCCGCCGUGAAAACGGGCUUACUGCAUGAUCAACCCUUUCUGGAGAAACCUAGUCUCGGAGUGUUUAAGUGUCGGCCAACUGUGCGUAGCCUGAACGUAUGCUACCCGGUGCGGUUAGAUCCGUCGAUGAAUAAACGGCGACAGCGCGAGUGCGACGCAUCAUUUGACGACCUCACGGCAGACCAUAAAGCUCCUUCACCGAUGCUGAACGAGGAGGACGUGUAUGGUAAUCCGCGCAAAAGACGCUGCAUAGAAACGGAAUGCAGCAAUGUAGAGCGAAAUUACGCCGUAAGAAAUUUCGCCCGAUUCGACGUUCCUACCCCCGUGAUACCGGAGUUUCGACCGAUGAAACCAAAGUUCAACUUUACAUCGGCUAGUGCGGAUACGGCGACGACAAAUUUGGCCGAGGCUUCUCAUUCAAAUAAAUCUACUAUUCAUUCACCCAGCAUUUUCCUGACCACGCCACCAUUUACAAAGAAGUUGCAACACCAGCAGAACCUGAAUUGCUCGGAUGCCGUCGCAUCCGAAUCGCACGAUGACUCGUACACGCCUCCGGGUAUUCUAAAGUCGACCCAAUCAGGACUUAACGUAUCUCCAGCACUACACGAUCGCUUAGCCACAGAAGGCGAAGAAAAAGUACUGCGGUUUGAGUUACCACCUGAUGCAACGCUUGAGGACACGUGCGUGAUGGACGACGAGGCGCAGGAGCAAAUUUCUGAAGUCACGACACCGACAGCAGAAACAGAUUUUGCAUCCACCCCGGUGAUACGCCGUGAUCUCGAUUUAUCCGGUAUGUCCACUGAUGACUUUUACUCCCCGGAGGUUACAAUGGAACCCACAUGCUUGGAGCAGGUGCUGGCGUCAGGAGGACCAGCUGGACGUCGCCCGAUACAUCGAUCUCGUUCGGGAACACCCGUAUCUCAAACGUCAAAGCACAGUGGGAACAAUAUAGCAAUCAUCAUUGAAGAUCAUAUUGUCGAAGAUGAUUUUAGCAGGUCAGAUAGACAUUCGGCGCAACAGCCGGCUGUGGAGGAACAGGAACAGGAUAUAGAAAUGCAAGUAGACGACGAUGAAGAACUGCCAUCGAAGGCAAAUGUGUUCGUUGUGGAAGACAGCGAUGUGGAACUGGCGGCAUCCAGUGAUGAACAACACGAUCACGAUGAUGAGAUAGUAUUCCUCGAUGAGGAAUUGCCGAACCAAUUACUAAAUGCUACCGAGUAAGUUUCCGACAGAUGUGAUGGUGUAGUGUUGCAAGCAAUUGUUGAGCCAAACUUAGGUUCUGCUGAAGAGCAAGAGGAUGGGAUAAAAGAUCAUUCUGAUGCGAUUGCUGAUAAUGAAGAACAAGGUGAAGAUGAUUACGAACAUGACGAUGAAGAAGGUACCACAUACGACGACGACGAUGAUGCUAAUGAUUACGAUGACGAUGAUGAUGAUGAUGAUGAUGAAGACGAUGAUCAAGAUGACGAUAGCGUGCUAGAAGUGAUCGAUCUUAGUGACGAUGAGGAACAAGACGAUCGGGAUAAAUCAGAACAUCUAGAUCCGCCUGCAGAUUCCCAUGAAUCUUCCUCCACAUCGUCUUCCGAAAGCGACAGUGACAAACAAGAUGGAAUGAUCCAGUUCUCCGAACCGGUUUCGAUCCAUCUAGAUGGGGAGCUAGAUGAUAACCAGGAUGCAUACAACGUGGAUGAUAGUCCUCUAGGAUGGCAAUAUGAAGAGUUCAAUUGUGAAUCUAUACCGGAAAAUUUGUUAAAUGACGAUGGAGAAGCUGAGCAAGAGGUUGCAGAGCAGGAGGUUCAACAGAGUGUAGCGAAUCCUGAUCAUGUCCUGGACUAUAUACAGGUGCCUACAACAUCAUCAUCUACGCAUCGCAUGGAAGGAGAAGGUUCGGCAGCUCCCACCAUUGAUGAAGAAGCGGAAUCGUCGGAAGUGGAGGAUUUAUCCGUCCCACAACAGGACGGCACUGAGACAGCCGAUGGUGUAGCCGCAAGAGAUCUGUCGGUUGCAGGUGGCGAUCAGUGGCCGGACAGUGUCGCAAGUUCCAGUUUGAGCUUAUCAGCUCCUACAUCGAACGCAUCUGCGGGAGCAGUGGCAACUACGUCGACGACGACGACGUCACCGACGACAGGGUCAACUACUGCAACGUUGCCACGCGAAACGCAAGCACAAACGCCGACACAAGAUAAGGUGUUCGGUCAACCGAAGAAUGCCCAUGAACUGGAGGUACCGGCGAUGAAUCUUUCAGUCAAGCCGGACGAGGCACAUGGUUCUAGCCGCAAAAACAGCAAGGGAGAAGAGAACGGGCUCACAGAAGAUGCGCGGGCGCUAAAUCUAUCAGCCGGGCAGCAAGAAAUGGCUGUCGAUAACGUAGACUCUAACACAGAGCAACAAAUGGAUCGGAGCGAAGAUAAUGUCAGCAUCGAUGAGAGUGAAGCAGAAGCUCUUGCGCAUAGCCCUGCCGCACAAGAAGCGCAACCAUCGGACACACCAAGGGCGGAGGAAAUAGAAGGUGAAGAGAUGCAAAUUGACUUGCGCGUAUCUGAUGAUGAAGGUGGGCUGCUAGAAAACGAUGGUUCUUCCGAUACAACCUCAUCGAAGUUAGAGCAACAAACUGUCGACGAGAAUGAAUCCAAUGAAUCCGUACCUUCUGCUGUCCCUGCUCCAGCAGAAGAUGGUCCAUCGGUAGAACAGAUAAAUAGUGAGGAAUCCCUACACACAUUACGGACUAAUGUUAAGACUCGCCUGAUGGCAGCAAUGGAGAAAUCGGGCGCAACCCCCGAGCUACCUCGCACGCCAUCGCGAAGGCGUUCCGUACGAGCCACAUCCGUGGCUCUAGAGGAGACCAACACUCCCAUCUCACCAUCGCUUUCACGUAGUCGACGCUAUACGUCCAUGGAUAAUUUAACGGGGACACCCGAUGCAAUGCUACCCCUCACUCCGCGACGUUCAACGCGUGCUAGUUCGUUGGCGAAGGAAUUGUUUGCAACCAGCACGCCUCCGAAACGUUUGCGCAGAGCUUCGCAAGCAUCAAACGAUACCGAGCAUCCUGAUUCUCUCGCAAACAGCCCAACGGAUCCAGUAAUGGAACCGCCGGAACCAUCGGAGAGAUCGUUCGCCAGCUCUACGGCAAGCAGCACUCGACGCAGUAUGCGUUUAAAGAAGACAAAAACUGUGCCUCCGCCAGAGUCAGGUGAACUUGUGCAAUCGCGAGUGGGCACUGGUGUAACGACCGAAUCUGGUACUUCAUUAUUGUCGGACUACUCCUCGAACCGACGGCUCACUCGACACCAGCUGGCAGUGAUGGAGAAAUCACUGGAACCGACAGCCUCCACCAGCGGAUCUAGGUUGUCGGUUGAUCGUAUCAGUAGAGCAGGUUCGAAGGACACGAUUACACGCGACCCGACCGAAGCCGGCGAAAGUGACUCAGAAUCGGUUGUAUCGAAUAUGAGCAAUCAGUCUUCUAUUCGGUCGACUCGGUCCCGUUCCAACAGGUCGACUACGGCUCGCUCGAACCUGGGCAGCUCGAAUCGAACCGUUAGUCAGCAAAAACCAACCGACCCGGUUGAGUCUGAUUCUGAUCAGUCGUUAGUAUAUGCCAGUAGCCAACGAUCCACCAUGGGGUUGGAACCGAUUGCUGAAGAAGGUGAAUCUAACCCUGCAAGCACUCGCAAGCGGCGCGGAAGACCACUCACCAAGAGUAAGAAAUAAGUGGGAUGUACGCGGGCGUAGCAUGAACGCAAUAAUAUCGCCCCUAAGACAGGAUUCUUGUACCACGUGGACCAUGCAGUUGGGUUGUUUCCACAUAAAGUGUAUUUGUGCCCCAGUAUCAUGUAGCAUAUGUAUUUUUUUAUCUUUUUGUUUGUUGGAAAUAGAAUAAAGUUUUUUUUGUCACAAAUGUU